ACCUGAACGCUUUUGUUAGUUGAAAAAAAAAUAUCGAAUAACGUUAAGAUAAGUAAUACGCUGUAAAGCCGCUUAUUGGAUAAACAAUGGACUCAAACUCGUUAUACUAUUCCUUGGAUCUCGUUGCCGGCAGUGGAUGUACCUUAAAUGUUGAGCAAAGAACCGCCCUACAGACUUCCUUGGUGAUACUGAAGAAAAACUACAAAUUCCAUCGAGUCUUGUUUUGGGGCAAAAUAUUGGGAUUAAAGGAUCAUUACUUUAUUGCUCAGGGGAGAGGAGAAGAUGAGAUGAAGGAUAAAAAGAAUCUAUAUAGCUUCAACUGCAUAGACUGGUUCCUGCUGCCCCCUGCCACAGAGUCUAUGAUUGAUGAAGUGUCCAGAGCUGCCAAGACUCGCUUCAUAGGAGACCCCUCAUAUGUGUAUGAGCAUCUUGAGAUCCGCAGGCGAGGAGGAGAUGAGGCUGAAGAGGAAGAGGUAUGGACCAAAGUCAGCGAGGAGAGCAGGCUGGCAGUGACAGUUCAUCAGAUCGAUGAGGAAGUGUCUGUGGUACCACGUGGUGCUUUCGUCAAGAGUCCACAUGGCCUUGUCCAGAUCAACCGCAGCUUUGGCGGUCUGUCUCACUCAGAAGCAGGGAAGCUCGACAAUUUCCUUCACUUCAGCGAACCAAAGAAUCUGAGGAAGAAAUCCAUCCUGGAGAUGGGUAAAUUGAACCCAGCUAUAGACUUCCUGGAUGUACUGAGUGAUGACAUUCCUAAAGGAUCAUGGAGUCUCCAGUUUGAAUGUGCCAGCAAAGUGCGUGUGCUUCGCAGCGUGUUGUGGCUCGGCCUGACCUUCUACCAUGUGCCAAUGACACCACAGCACGGAUACAUCUACAUCGGUGAUGGGACCAAGAAUUUGGACCUUCCCUUCAUGCUAUAGAGACGUCUUAAGACUUAUUUUAAGUUACAAAUUUCUCAUGUUUCUCUGGUGUUGAUAUCAAUCUUCAAAACCAAAAUGUAUUCUAUGUAACAUAUCUGUCUUGA